AUGGCCCCACCAAGUUCAGGUGAUCGGCCUGUCUCUCAGACCGGGAGUGCACGCCAGAGGGCUCUUGGCGUUCCGGAGAUUUUGACAAUCAUCCUGUCACACGCCAAUUCUGCGUCUCAGCAGCGUGCAACAUGGGUCAAUCGUUACUGGAGACAGGUCGCCGUGAAGAUAUACUGGAGGAUUGUUUCUGGAACGAAGGCGCUCGCGUUUGUCGGAGCAUUGAAGGAGCUCACCAGUAAACACAAUGUUUUUGUAGAGCCACCCGGCCAACAAGACUGUGCAGCCCACGAGAUCAUACGGGGAGCCGUCCAUGUGAUCGACGACCUAGAGCUCAGCGCCGGCAUCGCGAGCGACAUCUCUAUGAGCCCAUUUAUAUCCAAACCGAUGUGCCCCCACCUGAAAAAGUUCACGUGGAAGAUGCCGAGGAACCCAGACGCCUUCCAAACUCACGCUCUUCACUCGCUCUUUUUGCACGCCGGUGUCACAGAAGUAUCGAUUCGUGGACUACACCCUGCAUGUGCCGUGGGCAACUUGCACUAUCCUCUUCGACUCUUCGGCAGGGAUAUGGGCUCUCUGGCGUGCAACUUGACCUCGCUUACGAUCACGUCCAACUGCGUCCCGAGUCAGGAUCUCAUGCCAGGCUUACAGGAACACCUCGUGAAGGUUCUGGAGGGUGUCGGAUUGGAACGUUUGAGACAGCUUACGCUUUCGCCAUGUUUCCUCACCAAAGCAAUAUACGAGACUCUGGGGCGCGCGGAGUCACUGGAGUCCCUCGCCUGGCCCAUGACGUCCGCAAACGAACAGUGCAGGGACCAAUUUGGAGAUGUCAGCACUGCCUUGACGCUACAUUCAUCUGUCCAGCUAAGGCCCGGCUCGUUCAUAUCGCUCGCGACCGUGGCUCUGUGCAUGCCGCUUCCAAACGUCACCAAACUAUUCUCUACGGACGGAUUUCCGGUCGCCCAGCUCACUGCCAUCUACAUACGAGCCACAGGCGUUCCCAAAAAUCCAGAUGCAGAGCUGUCCGUCUUCCUGCAGGUUUUUGGCCAACAUUGCCAGAAGGCAAAGGUGCUUUUCAUUGCACUCGAUCGCGGCAACAUCACUGCGCAAGACGCAGCGAAAUCUGUCACCCUUCAGUCACUGGUGCACUUGAGAGCGGCGACUUGGUUGGAGACAUUGACCAUCAGCGAUGGCAAUCUGGUUCAUCUCCUUGAGGAGCAGUUGUUGCACGUCAUCGAACCGCUGCCACACCUGUCUACGUUUUGGUUAACGCCUACACCCAGCUGGCGUAGGGACGGGUCUGCGCCGCAGCCCAUGUACAAUAUGCAAACCGUUGGGCGCAUUGUAGGGAGUCACCGGCAUCUGAAGAGUCUCGGACUUUAUCUCGAUCUCGCAUCCGACGUCGACGUCCCGAACGAGAGUCCUCAACAUCGAUUGGACGAGUUGUUCAUUGGGAACAGUCCCUGCCCUCAUCCAACGUCUCCGAACUCGCUGAACAGGUACUUGAAUGGAAAAGGGGAGCUACCAAAAAUAUCCGUGGGCAGUGAUCCUUGGACCAGACUUGGCUUCAGGAAGGAACCAAUAGGAAGGAGCAGAAAGAGAGAGGAAGAUUUGACGGAAGCCUGGCUUCAAGUGCUUCCAACGUCGAAUGCAACUCCCCGCGCUCGCUCAGUGAUAUUGUACGGCCUGUAA